UGUCCGGCAGAUGUCGCGAUGACUCUCGCUAAGCUACACGCUUUUCGCUUGUGGGGUUUGAACAGAAUCAGAAUUCCUUUGAGUUCAGUACUGGCUGAUCGUGUUACUAAUUGCAUACGUUUAUUUAGUAGUGAACUGACCAGUUUAAAUAUGUCUUACACAACUGUGGAGCGUGGUGCACCAAACACCACAGAUUUCAGAAUAUACUUUAAAAAGGAUGACAGCCUUAUUUCUCCAAUGCACGAUAUUCCUCUCUACGCCGACGAAGCCAACAAAGUGUUCCACAUGGUUGUGGAGGUACCACGAUGGACAAAUGCAAAAAUGGAAAUUAAUCUGAAGGAAACUCUCAAUCCGAUAAAACAGGAUAUGAAAAAUGGAAAAUUACGUUUUGUUGCCAAUUGUUUCCCUCACCAUGGAUACAUUUGGAAUUAUGGUGCUUUGCCUCAAACAUGGGAAAAUCCUGAAGUUUUGGAUGAAGCAACUGGCUUCAAAGGUGAUAAUGAUCCAAUCGAUGUCCUUGAAAUUGGGUACAGGAUUGCAAAACGAGGGGAAGUUCUCAAGGUCAAAGUUUUGGGAACUGUGGCUCUGAUUGAUGAAGGUGAAACCGACUGGAAGAUCAUAGUGAUCGACGUCAAUGACCCUCUCGCUGAUCAGAUGAACGAUAUAGCUGAUAUUGAAAAACAUUACCCUGGUCUUUUGAAAGCGACAGUCGAGUGGUUCAAAAUCUACAAAAUUCCUGAUGGAAAACCAGAGAAUCAAUUCGCAUUCAAUGGGGACGCAAAAUCACGUGAUUUUGCGCUGAAUAUUGUUGGAGAGGUGCACGAACACUGGAAGGAUCUCAUAAAAAGAGAGACCCCGCCCGCUGGAAUUUCAUGUGCUAAUGCUACGAUUGACGAUUGCAAAUUCAAAGUCGAUGCUGCGGCAGCUGAGGAGACGUUCAAUCAGUCACCAGAAUUCGCUGAAUCCUCUCCCAUCGAUCCUAUAGUUGAUAAGUGGCACUACGUACACCUAAAAUGAAGCCAGGCCCCGCCUGAGGCUGUGAGACGUGGACAAGUGGAGUAGAAGCUACUUAUUUUACAUUCACAAUAUUCCACAAUGGGCACAACAACCAAUUCCUCCAAUAUUCCUCCAAUUUUUUAUAAAUUUCUUUUCCCCUUUUCAACGACUGCAGCUUUCUCAAUUUUUCUCAUUCAUUGCAUAUCGAUAGAUAAUCUCAAAUAGUAAACAGGAAAAGGGAGAAGAUAGAAUUCAUAAAAUAGGCGUUAAUUCCAAACGGGCUAAAAAAACAGGACUGUCCAUUACUCCUCAAGGUUGUAUAGCAUUCAAUGAUGAAAGAUUUGUAGCAAAUAAAAGGAUUUUACGGUUA